GAAGCCACGGAGCACGGACGGGCGCGAACCGCCGGGCGGCCGGCGCACAUGUCGCGGGGGCUGCUGCCGCUGUUAGCGUCGUCAAUGCCGGCGGUGGGGGGCGGGGCGGAGAUCCUGGCCCGGCGGGUGAUUGAUGUGCCGGCGGAAGGCGGCCGGAUCGCAGCGCGGCGGCUAAGCGUUAUCGGUCGCGCCGCGGCAUUUGCGUCCUGGAUCCGUUCCGCGCCCGCGCCCCGGCGGGGCAGUCGAGGCUGCACCCCGGCGCGACACAGUAGGCCCGGCGCAACUAACUUCCACCACGAGCGUGGCGAUCUCUAUCGGAACGAAAAGGCCUCCGGCUGCAGUGUCGCCGCUGCUGGAUUCGAUGCAUUCCCUAGGUGCUUCCCUUAGGAGGUGACACGCGAGCGCGCAGAUCCGAGGGACCCCCUACGUCACUCCCCCGCGGCGCCCGGGGGGGGGCCUGCCAGGUUCCUGCAUUUCGCAGCUAGGGGGGCGGGGUCGCUUCCUCUUCGGCGGCCGGCGUGC